UCGGCACCGAAGGGGUGUCCCUGUGAUUGGGGGUCCCAGAAAGUAAAAUGGGGGGUAGGGGGAUGAUGAUGAUAAGGGGGCUGCUGAAGUCACCGGCAUGGAGGACACUGAAACCUGUCGCGCCUUUUUCUGCAGCAGGCACAAGGCUGCGGUUUUACCAAACCAACCACGCGGCAGCGGAGGAGCAGGGAGGCGACCUAAAAUUCAGCACCGCGCAGGAAGAAAGCGCUCGUGCCCUGUACCCCGACCACAUUCCCACCAGCACCCUGCAGAAGGUCCUGCUUUCUGCCGGCUCGGCCGUAAUGUCUCUGUAUGACCCGUAUAGACACGACAUGGUUGCGGUUCUUGGGGAGACCACAGGUGCGCAGGCUCUGCAAAACCUCCGAGACGGUAUGACCAGGGACCCCGAAGGAAUCCAGAUAUUACAGGAACGGCCUCGUAUCCGAAUGUCUACCUUGGACAUCGAGCGCUUGAGACAGAUGCCAGACGGGACUUUUGGACGGGAGUACGUACGCUUCUUGGACGUCAACCGCGUCUCCCCUGACACUCGCAUGCCCGUGAAGUUUGUAGACGACGAGGAGCUGGCGUAUGUGGCACAAAGGUACCGUGAAGUCCACGACCUGAUGCACACGCUUUUGGGGAUGCCGACGAACAUGCUGGGGGAGGUUGUAGUGAAGUGGUUUGAAGCUGCGCAGACGGGGCUGCCGAUGUGCGUCCUGGGAGCCGUGUUUGGGCCUCUGCGUCUUAAUAGCAAGCGGCUGAAGCUUCUGGCAGAGCUCAUUCCCUGGGCAGUGCAGAACGGACGCAGCGCGCGGUGCGUCCUCAGCUUCUACUACGAGAACCGCUGGGAGCAGAGCGUGGAGUCCCUGAGAGAGGAGAUCGGGAUCCUGCCGCCGCCUCCUAUCAAAUCCUAAACGCCGCUUCAGCAGCAGCCGCCCGCCGCAGCGCUUACUGCAACCCAGAA